AUGCGAAUAGAAAAAAUAAAAUGGGAUAGGGGAAAAGGUAUUGAAAAGGAUAGAUUUAAGAGUGGUAUAGUUAUGGGUGUUGGUAAAUUGCGAAAUGGCGAGGGGGCACAUUUGAAAUUCAAACAUGGAGGAGAAGAAAUUGCCAAUUGGACUUUAGGUCUCACUUCUAAGAAUAGUGAACAUUCUUUCCAACCAUCAAGUUUUCAUCAACAUCUUACAAUUUUUAUGAAGAAAAAGGCUUACAAGUGUGACAGAUGUAAUAAAUGUUUUACAAAGCUUAGCCAAUUGAAGAAACACCUUAGUAAUAGCAUAGAAAAAAAGACUCAUAAGGGUGACACAGAAAUUGGCCAUUUAAAAAAACAGCUAAAAAAUAAUACUGUUGAAAAGCCUUACAAGUGUGACAUAUGUGGAAAAUAUUUUAUAAAGCUUUACCAAAUAAAGAAACACAUUAAAACUCAUACAGGAUUAAAGCCUUAUACUUGUGAAACAUGUGGCAACUGUUUUUUGCAGUUUUCAAGUUUACAGAGACACCUUCUAAUUCAUUCAGGAGAAAAGCCUCACAGGUGUGACACAUGUGGUAAAAGCUUCUUACAGUUUUCAAAUUUAAAGAGUCACCAUAGAUAUCAUACUGGAGAAAAACCUUUCAAAUGUGGCACAUGUGGUAAAGGUUUCACAGAAUGUAGCAGUUUACUGAGACACCAUAGAGUUCAUACAGGAGAAAAGCCUUUCAAGUGUGUCAAAUGUGGUAAAUAUUUUACAGAGUCAUCAAACUUAACGAAACAUUUAAGAAUUCAUGCUGGAAUAAAAGCAUACAAGUGUGAUACGUGUGGUAAAUGUUUCACAGCAUUUUGGGAUUUAAAGAAACAUGUUAAAAUUCAUUCAGGAGAAAAGCCUUACAAUUGUAACAAAUGUGGUAAAUGGUAUAAGGAUCAUGACUACCUAAAGAAACAUGUUAAAAUACAUUCAGAUUAUAAGCCUUACAAGUGUGACAACUGUGAUAAAAGUUUUUCACAGCUUACUUACUUAAAGAUGCACCUUAGAAAUCAAAACUUAGAAAAGACUUUCAAGUGUGACAAAUGUGGUAAAUGUUUCACAACAAGUCAUUGUUUAAAAAACCACCUUAGAUUUCACGCAGGUGAAUUACCUUACAAGUGUGACAAAUGUGGUAAAUCUUUUGUAUUGAAGAGCACUCUACAGAUCCACUCUACAAUUCAUACUAAACCUCAUAAGUGUGACAAAUGUGGCAAGCGCUUCAUGGAGCUAUUAAAGUUUCAGAAACACUGUGGAAUUUAUAGAUGUGAAAAGCCAUACAAGUGUGACAAAUGUGGUAAAUGUUUCACAACAAGUCAUUAUUUAAACAACCACAUUAGAAUUCACACAGAUGAAUUACCAUACAAGUGUGACAAAUGUGGUAAAUCUUUUGCAUUUAAGAGCAGUCUGCGGAACCACUUUAUAAUUCAUGCUAAACGUCAUGAGUGUGAUAAAUGUGGUAAAUGUUUCAUACAAAGUAAAAGUUUACAGAAACACCAAGCAAUCCAUACUGGUGAAAAGCCUUUCUUGUGUGAAAAGUGUGGUAAAUGUUUUGCACUCCUGACCUAUUUACAGAACCACUGUAAAAUUCAUUUAGGAGAAAAGCCUUACAACUGUAAGAAAGGUGAUAAGUUUUUCACUCACAUUAAAUCUGUACAGGAACACCAUAGAAUCCAUUCUGGUGAAAAGCCUUACAUGUGUGACAAAUGUGGUAAAUGUUUUGUAAGGCUGACCAAUUUACAGAACCACUGUAAAAUUCAUCUAGCAGAAAAGCCUUACAUGUGUGAUAAAUGUGGAAAAUGUUUUGCAUUCUCCUACAUUUUACAGUCACACAAUAGAAUUCAUACAGGUGAAAAGCCUCACAAGUGUAUCACUUGUGGUAAAUGUUUCACACUAGAAUCAGGUUUAAAGAAGCAUCAAAGACUUCAUACUGGAGAAAAACCUUACAAAUGUGUCACUUGUGGCAAAUGUUUCACACACCCCUCAGCUUUAAAGAGCCACCAUAGAAUUCAUUCAGGAGAAAAUCUUUACAAAUGUGCCAAUUGUGGUAAAUGUUCCAAUAAUUUAGCAGGUUUACAAAAACACCUUAAAACACAUACAGGAAAAAAAAAAUACUUGUGCAUCAUAUGUGGUAAAUGUUUCUCAGACACUUCCACUUUACAGAACCACCAAAACAUUUAUAAAAGAGAAAAGCCUUACAGUUGUGACAAAUGUGGUACUCGUUUUGCACUACAGAGUACUUUACAGAAACAUCAACUCAUACAUGAGAAAAGCCUUACAAAUUUACAAAACACCUUAGAAUUCAUACAGGAGAGAAACAAGUGUAAUUUGGUGACAGCUAUGCCAGAGACUUGGGCAUUUAUUUACAGAGGGGUACCUAAUUUUUUAUCUGUUGACAAAGCUUAUAGAAUGUACAUUAUCUUCAGCUACCUUGUACUCAGCAAAAUGAAUAAAUAUACUGCAUAUGAAAAAUGCAUUGCAAACACUAAACAUUGUUGUAAGCUAAUCAAAGAUCUCUAUCCAUGUCAAUAUUGCAAAGUGGCAUUUUCAAAUGUUUCCUUUUUGAAGGCACAUUUGAAAUUCAAACAUGGAGGAGAAGAAAUAGCCAAUUGGAGUCUAGGUCUCACUUCUAAGAAUAGUGAACAUUCUUUCCAAUCAUCAAGUUUUCAUCAACAUCUUACAAUUUUUAUGAAAAAAAAGGCUUACAAGUGUGACAGAUGUAAGAAAUGUUUUACAAAGCUUAGUCAAUUGAAGAAACACCUUAGAAACAGCAUAGAAAAAAAGACUCAUAAGGGUGACACAGAAAUUAGCCAUUUAAAAAAUAAUACUGUUGAAAAGCCUUACAAGUGUGAAAUAUGUUGUAAAUAUUUUAUGAAGCUAUAUCAAAUAAAGAAACACAUUGAAACUCAUACAGGAUUAAAGCCUUAUACUUGUGACACAUGUGGCAAAUGUUUUUUGCAGUUUUCAUGUUUACAGAGACACCUUCUAAUUCAUUCAGGAGAAAAGCCUCACAAGUGUGACACAUGUGGUAAAAGCUUCUUUCAGUUGUCAAAUUUAAAGAGUCACCAUAGACAUCAUACUGGAGAAAAACCUUACAAAUGUGGCACAUGUGGUAAAGGUUUCACAGAAUGUAGCAGUUUACUGAGACACCAUAGAGUUCAUACAGGAGAAAAGCCUUUCAAGUGUGACAUAUGUGGUAAAUAUUUUACAGAUUCAUCACACUUAACGAAACACUUAAGAAUUCAUACUGGAAUAAAACCAUACAAGUGUGAUACAUGUGGUAAAUGUUUCACAGAAUUUUGGGAUUUAAAGAGACACCUUAAAAUUCAUACAGGAGAAAAGCCUUACAAUUGUGACAAAUGUGGUAAAUGGUUUCAGAGUCGUGAAUAUUUAAAGAAACAUGUUAAAAUACAUUCAGGUGAUAAGCCUUACAAGUGUGACAACUGUGAUAAAAGUUUUUCACAGCCUGCUUACUUAAAGAUACACCUUAGAAAUCAAAACUUAGGAAAGACUUACAAGUGUGACAAAUGUGGUAAAUGUUUCACAACAAGUCAAUCUUUAAACAACCACCUUAGAUUUCACACAGGUGAAUUACCUUACAGUUGUGACAAAUGUGGUAAAUCUUUUGCAUUGAAGAGCACUCUACAGAUCCACUCUACAAUUCAUACUAAACCUCAUAAGUGUGACAAAUGUGGCAAAUGCUUCAUGGAGCUAUUAAAGUUUCAGAAACACUGUGGAAUUUAUAGAUGUGAAAAGCCAUACAAGUGUGACAAAUGUGGUAAAUGUUUCACAACAAGUCAAUUUUUAAACAACCACAUUAGAAUUCACACAGAUGAAUUACCGUACAGGUGUGACAAAUGUGGUAAAUCUUUUGCAUUGAAGAGCAGUCUGCUGAACCACUUUAUAAUUCAUGCUAAACGUCAUAAGUGUGGUAAAUGUGGUAAAUGUUUCACACAAAGUAAAAGUUUACAGAAACACCAAGCAAUCCAUACUGGUGAAAAGCCUUUCAUGUGUGAAAAAUGUGGUAAAUGUUUUAUACUCCUGACCUAUCUACAGAACCACUUUAAAAUUCAUUUAGGAGAAAAUCCUUACAACUGUAAGAAAGGUGAUAAGUUUUUCACUCACAUUAAAUCUGUACAGGAACACCAUAGAAUCCAUUCUGGUGAAAAGCCUUACAUGUGUGACAAAUGUGGUAAAUCUUUUGUAAGGCUGACCAAUUUACAGAACCACUGUAAAAUUCAUCUAGCAGAAAAGCCUUACAUGUGUGACAAAUGUGGUAAAUCUUUUGUAAGGCUGACCAAUUUACAGAACCACUGUAAAAUUCAUAUAGCAGAAAAGCCUUACAUGUGUGAUAAAUGUGGAAAAUGUUUUGCAUUCUCCUACAUUUUACAGUCACACAAUAGAAUUCAUACAGGAGAAAAGCCUCACACAUGAAUCAGGUUUAAAGAAGCAUCAAAGAAUUCAUACUGGAGAAAAACCUUACAAGUGUGUCAAUUGCGAUAAAUGUUUUACACAUGACUCAGGUUUAAAGAAGCAUCAAAGAAUAUAUGCAGGAGAAAAAACCUUACAAAUGUGUCAUUUGUGGUAAAUGUUUCACACAGCUUACAGAUCUAAUUCAUUCAGGAGCAAAAAACCUUACAAGUUUGACAAAUGUGGUAGAUGUUUCUAAUUCA